CCCCGAGCGCUUGGCGUCCCUGGGAGAAGAUGCUGAGCUUCAAGGGUCGGAGAGCUGUCUGUGGCCCAGCAGCGCCGGGGUUGCAGCGGGCGAUGGGCAGCUUAGAGGCGAGGGUCUCCGGGCGACACCUUCAUGGCCCGCGAACAAGGCGGGCGGUGAAGGGGGAGCCCCGACGGGGACACCCGAGGAAGGGGCGCACUGCGUGGCCGGAGCUCAGAGUCUCCGGCAGGGCGUUCGCGCAGCGCGCACCAUGACUCCGUGGCUAGGAGGCAACGCCGGCACGGUGGCGCUGGCGGACCUGGCUGCUCGGCUGGGCGCGGACCCGGCGCUUGAAGCCGCUACCUGCCCGCUGAGCCUCGGCGCGCUGGUCCGGCGUAUCCCGCCAGGAGCGAUCAGAGCGAUCCGAGCGCCCCCGCCGCCGCGCCCACUCGCAGCAGCAUCCUCCUCGUCCAAGUUUAGCGGCUGCUGCCCGGGCUGCCCGCCCGCGAGUCUCCCCUGCUGCCUGGAUUGCCGAGCCCGGGCGGUCAAGUGCUUGCAGGCUUCACGCACAGGACUCGAGACCCUCCCCACCAGUGGCCUCAGCGUGGGGCCUCCCGAGGGCGACCUCUCCCUCGGAACUUUCUCUCUGGCUCCUCGACUAGCCCGCGCCUGCGUCUGCGAGACAGUGGCGCCUCCAGCUAGCUGCUCUCGCCUCCCUACUCCUCCCCUCCCGCUCGCCGGCCUCCCUCCCUCCCUCCUCCCCAGCACGUGUACACCUCCCCUAGGGCGCUGUCGCCAGUGUAUUUCUCCCUUCCUCCCGGAGGCCCAACUACUGACCAAUAUUAUUUCUUGCCCCCCUUUUCUCUCUCCCUAUGGAGCCGGAACGCGCCCUUUCCUUAGCACCCACGGCUGCUGCAAGGAGGAACAGGUUAUGGCACCCCCACAGACACUCAGAACCAGGGUUUCUUCAGAGCUCUGGCUCGGGUCCAGGGUCCCCACUACCCUCUCGAGCGACCCGAGACGGUCACCAACCCCCUGGGUCGCGAGAUGCACCAGUGGCUCAAUUGCUCACGGAGAGCUAACAAACAGGCUUGCACCAAGCCAACAAGGCUCCCGCCGGGACCCGCUCAGGCAGGGCUCUGAGGGCUGACUAGGGAUCUGUGUGGCGGGGGCGCGACACUGACCUGCAAAACGCUGGUGAUCAGGCGGAGAGAGAAC